AUGGCUUCCACGGUCGAGGACGGACGACGCAUAUAUCACCAUCCAACUCAACGUCACACCCAAGUUCCACCAUACGACUUACUGACCUUCCUCUUCGGUACAUAUUGACAUCUAGCUCUCCUACAAGACACACGUUAUUGAUCGCGAGCCAGACUCCGACCAUUCAGUCGCAACGGAUGAAACCGUGCUGCAUGUAGACGCUCUCAAUCCCUCCAACCGGAUCACAAAGGCACAGCUUCGUACCACGCUCCAGCAGAUAGCUCACGGCUUGCGGCACAGAUUUCGCAUCGGCUCCAAUGGCCCGGACAAGGACACCAUCUGCGUCAUUACCCAUGGACAUAUCCUCGUUCCAGCGGCCUUGUACGGCAUCAUCGCCGCUGGAGGAGUAUACUCGGCUGCCAGUCCGAGCAGUACAGUCGCAGACUUAGCAAGGCAAGUCAAGAUCGGCCAGAGCAAAGUCAUCAUCUGCGGGAGAGAACACAUCGACGUCGCCAGCAGAGCUGCCAGAGAAUGCGGCCUCCCGCCUCAGAACGUCUUGCUGCUGGACUCGACAGAACACAACUGGAAGCUGGAGAGCGUGGAUGGCAGCAUCAAUGCUCUGUCGAAAUCCAAACUGAACUGGAGGCGAAUCUUCGAUCCCCAAAAGCUCCGCGACAGCCUGAUCGUCAUCCUCUGGAGUUCCGGCACCACCGGCCUGCCCAAGGGCGUCCAGCUCAGUCACACCAACCUCGUGGCCGAGACAUACCUGACGUCCCUCAGCGGGCGGGAAUGGGCGGCGCGGGAAACGGAAAAGGGAACGUACAACCCACCUUCCGAAUACAACACCCUCUCCCAUCUCCCGAUCAGCCAUAUCGCCGGCCUCUUCGGCUACAUGGUCGCCGCCUUCUACGGCGGCGGAACGGUCUACUGGCUGCGCAAAUACGAAUGGCACGCCCUCCUCGCCGGCCUCAAGAGAUACCGAAUCACAGCCUUCUACACCGUCCCCUCGAUCUGGCUCCGCAUCUCGAAGAGUCCAGACAUCACGGACCACUUCCAGUACCUCGACGGGGCAUCCACCGGCGCAGCACCGAUGGAUGCCACCCUCCAGCGCAACACCAACAAGCGGCUCGGAAGCGGACAGAAGCUCUUCGUCGGCCAGACAUGGGGUCUCUCAGAGACCACCGGCGCCGUCACGGCCCCCGUGCGAGACAGUCCGGAUGAUACCGGCUCCAUCGGCCACAUCCUCCCCGCCGUAGAGCUGAGACUGGUCGACGACGACUACAGAGACGUCGAACCGGGCACAGAAGGCGAACUCCUCGUCCGCAGCCCCCUGGUGACGAAUGGCUACUACAACAACCCCGAAGCCACCCAGACCUCUUUCCAUGAAGGCUGGUUCUGCACCGGCGACGUGGGAAUCUGCCGCAAUGGGAAAUUCUACGUCGUCGAUCGGAAAAAGGUAAACUGAAGAACCCCCAUCCCCCCCUUUUUCUCCCACCACACAGACCCUCCUCACUGCACUGAACAACUAACCCUCCUUUCAUCGCCACAGGAACUCCUCAAAUACAAAGGCCUCCAAAUCGCCCCCGCAGAACUCGAAGGCCUCCUCUUCGAGCACCCGCAGAUCCGCGAAGCCGCCGUCGUCGGCAUCCCGGCCCCGGGUGACCCGGGCACGGAUUGGCCGCGCGCGUACGUUGUGCCCGUCGAUCGCGCGAGGCUUUCCGAAGCCGACGUAAGGGAGUAUGUGCGCGCGCGCACGGCGCCGUAUAAGCAGCUGCGCGGCGGGGUGGUUUUUCUCGAGGAGAUUCCGAAGAAUGCGGUGGGGAAGUUUCUGAGGCGGGAGUUGAGGGAGAGGGCGAGGGGGCAGAUGGGAGUCGCGGGGAGGGGGAGGGGGGCGGCGCCGAAGUUGUAG